CAAAGGAAGUGACGUGAAGCGGCGGUGCGGCCUGGGGAUUGCUGACCGAACGUGGGCUGUUAUGUCGGCUUUGACGUGUCUAGCGCCUUUAGCGCGCGUUGGAGGCCACUUCUUCAGGGGCCUACGCGCGCGGGCGGCUGGAGGCGCUGGAGUCCGUCAUGCUGGUGGAGGUGUGCAUAUCGAGCCCCAGUACAGGCAGUUUCCCCAGCUGACCAGAUCCCAGGUGAUCAAGGCAGAGUUCUUCAGUGCAACCAUGUGGUUCUGGAUUCUCUGGCGCUUUUGGCAUGACUCAGAUGCCGUGCUGGGUCACUUUCCAUAUCCAGAUCCUUCUCAGUGGACGGAUGAAGAAUUAGGUAUCCUUCCUGAUGAUGAAGACUGAAAAUGUAGACUCAACUCUUUCCAAGUACGCGGGCCUCUCACUGUUCCGGCCCCUCCCGCCGCGGAGCACAGGCUCCGGACGCGCAGGCUAAGCGGCCAUGGCUCACGGGCCCAGCUGCUCCACGGCAUGUGGGAUCCUCCCAGACCGGGGCACGAACCCGUGUCCCCUGCAUCGGCAGGCGGACUCUCAACCACUGCGCCACCAGGGAAGCCCGUGAAGCUGUUUUAUAGCUC